AUGGAGUCCAAAGGGAAGGCAGCCAACAGCCCCAAGCCCGAUGCCAAGGGGCCCCAGGCCGGGGCAGAGGUCCGAGGCCCUCCAGUGGUGGACGGGAAAGCCCCCUCGGCCAAGCCUGGGAAGAAGGAGGUCCAGGCGGAGAAGCAGGAUCCGCCCGUGGCCCCCGCCCCGCCGCCAGCCAAGAAGACACCGGCCAAAGUGGACCCCGCCCUCCUGCACAACCACAGCAACCUGAAGCCGGCCGCCCCCGCCGCCCCGGCCCCCGCCGCCCCGGCCCCCGCCGCCCCUGAGCCCAAGGGCCCUGGCGACGGGGCCGAGGGGGACCAGGUCCCCAGUGGGGGCCGUGGAGGCCAAGGCCCCUGCUCCUUCGAGAACUUGACGCCCCUGCUGCUGGCCGGGGGUGCGGCCAUGGCCGCCGUGGCCCUGAUUCUCGGGGUGGUGUUCCUGGCACGGAAAAAGUGA